CGGGGCCGGGGUGCGCGAGGGGGCGGCUACCGGCCUGGGUGAAGCGGCGGUGCCUCGGUGACCAGCUAGGGGGCUCGAAGCGCCCCGGGGGUCGGAGUCCGGGCCCGCCCCACUCCGGACGCUUCCUCCCUCCUCACCUCCUCUGCCAUCCCGUUCGAGGCCUGGUCGGCGGCUCGCGGGACAACGACAGCCCCGCGACCGCACUGCGCAGGCGUCGCCUCCCGCCUGGAGCCCGGGAGGGGCCUCAACUGACUUGGAUUUCCUUGAGUUCGGUGUCUAGGGAGCCAAGUGUUGGGCUGUGGAAGGUAGAUGAAUGCUCCAGGGAUAGAGACCUGUAUCAGGGUGCCAUGGAGAUGGAGAGCGCAGCGGCCUCCACACGUUUCCACCAGCCUCACAUGGAGAGGAAGAUGAGUGCGAUGGCCUGUGAGAUCUUCAACGAGCUUAGACUAGAGGGCAAGCUCUGCGACGUGGUCAUCAAGGUCAAUGGCUUUGAGUUCAGUGCCCAUAAGAACAUCCUCUGUAGCUGCAGUUCCUACUUUAGAGCUUUGUUUACAAGUGGCUGGAACAACACUGAAAAGAAGGUAUACAACAUCCCUGGCAUUUCUCCCGACAUGAUGAAGCUAAUCAUUGAGUAUGCAUACACCCGGACCGUGCCUAUCACACCGGACAAUGUGGAGAAACUGCUUGCUGCUGCAGACCAGUUUAACAUCAUGGGUAUCGUCAGGGGUUGCUGCGAGUUCCUCAAGUCAGAGCUGUGCUUGGAUAAUUGUAUCGGCAUCUGUAAGUUCACGGACUACUACUACUGUCCUGAGCUGAGGCAGAAGGCCUACAUGUUCAUACUGCACAACUUUGAGGAGAUGGUGAAAGUCUCGGCAGAAUUUUUAGAGCUCUCGGUCACUGAACUUAAGGAUAUCAUUGAGAAAGAUGAGCUCAAUGUCAAACAGGAAGAUGCUGUAUUUGAGGCCAUUUUAAAGUGGAUUUCUCAUGACCCCCAAAAUAGAAAGCAGCACAUUUCAAUUUUGCUUCCUAAGGUUCGCCUGGCCCUAAUGCAUGCUGAGUACUUCAUGAACAAUGUUAAGAUGAAUGACUAUGUCAAAGACAGUGAGGAAUGCAAACCAGUCAUCAUUAAUGCCCUAAAGGCCAUGUAUGACCUCAACAUGAAUGGACCCUCUAGUUCUGAUUUCACCAACCCACUCACCAGACCCCGCUUGCCCUAUGCCAUCCUCUUUGCAAUUGGUGGCUGGAGUGGUGGGAGCCCCACCAAUGCCAUUGAGGCAUAUGACGCUCGGGCAGACAGAUGGGUGAAUGUUACUUGUGAGGAAGAGAGUCCCCGUGCCUACCAUGGGGCAGCCUAUUUGAAAGGCUAUGUGUAUAUCAUUGGGGGGUUUGAUAGUGUAGACUAUUUCAAUAGUGUUAAGCGUUUUGACCCAGUCAAGAAAACUUGGCAUCAGGUGGCCCCGAUGCACUCCAGACGUUGCUAUGUCAGUGUGACAGUCCUCGGCAAUUUUAUUUAUGCCAUGGGAGGAUUUGAUGGCUACGUGCGUCUAAACACUGCUGAACGUUAUGAGCCAGAGACCAAUCAAUGGACACUCAUCGCCCCCAUGCACGAACAGAGGAGUGAUGCAAGCGCCACAACACUUUAUGGGAAGGUCUACAUAUGUGGUGGGUUUAAUGGAAACGAGUGCCUGUUCACAGCAGAAGUGUAUAACACUGAAAGUAAUCAGUGGACAGUCAUAGCACCCAUGAGAAGCAGGAGGAGUGGAAUAGGCGUGAUUGCUUAUGGAGAACAUGUAUAUGCGGUAGGUGGCUUUGAUGGAGCUAAUCGACUUAGGAGUGCUGAAGCCUACAGCCCUGUGGCUAACACUUGGCGCACAAUCCCCACUAUGUUUAAUCCUCGUAGCAAUUUUGGCAUCGAGGUGGUGGAUGACCUCUUGUUUGUGGUGGGUGGCUUUAAUGGUUUUACCACCACCUUUAAUGUUGAGUGCUAUGAUGAAAAGACCGAUGAGUGGUAUGAUGCUCAUGACAUGAGUAUAUACCGCAGUGCUCUGAGCUGCUGUGUAGUACCAGGGCUGGCCAAUGUUGAGGAAUAUGCAGCUAGACGGGACAACUUCCCAGGAUUAGCACUGCGAGAUGAAGUAAAAUAUUCUGCUUCGACAAGUACCCUACCUGUAUGAGCCUCUUCAUUUAGCUAAUAAAAAGUCUAAGCAAUAAGAA